UCCGCCACUCCGCUCCGCGCAGACGUUGGAUUCCCUGUGUGCGUAAACAGGGGAAACCGUCACGUUUACGCCUCCUUUCUAGAGAUGGCAGCGAAAUGUGACGCGGAGUUCUUCAUUCUACAGGAAGCGCGCGCGAGCCGCACCAACUUUGGACACGUUAUUUAUAUAUUGUUUUCUUUUUUUGCACACAAUCAAUAACGCGUUGAAUUGGAAUCCCACGGAUUGUGCGCGCGGACAGCUGAGGAGUGGCCACCGCAACCUGCGGCCCGCCAGGUGAUGUUUACUUCAACGACCUUGGGUUACUGCUUCCGCCGCUGGAUUCCUGCUUGUUGACAUGAAGGAAGCCUUGACGCACUCUGCUAAAAUUGACGAAGCGCCGAGGGACCCACAGGGGGCCCACAGGGGGACGGUCCCCGUAGCGUCUCUGACCCAGACCCAGACAUGGAUGAGGGAGGCAGUGGAUGACGGGAGCUGAAACAAGCAGAGCAACGUCGAGGGGAAGCUUCUGGGACCGACCCACCGCUUCCAGAAUCCCACCCACAUCACUGAGCACCUCCCACCUAUAAAGUAAAUCAAUGCGACACCCUCCAGAACAUGGGGUGUGUCAAAUCCAAGAGGAGCCAAGGUGCAAACUCCACAGAGAAGGUGGAGGGCAAAGCGAGGGGCGAGAACGCCUACAUGCUGCCCUCAGAGCUGGGCUCUCCGGACUGCCCCCUGAAGGUCAGCCCGGUGCUGCUGGACUACGCCCACAGGCUCUCCGAGGAGAUCGUGGCCCGGGCCGUGCAGCAGUGGCUGGAGGUGGACCGCCGCUACAUCGACAUCCCCUACAUUGAAUGUGACGUGCCGUGAGGAGAGCGGGGACCUCGAUGCUGGAGGGUUAAAUGAACACCUUUGUUCAGAAUGGAUCCCUCCAGAACCUACCUGCUGUGUGUGGGGUGAGGGUUACACUCACAGCCUAAAAACCCUCCUGCGGAGCGACAAACGCACUCUGACCCUGUCCCCGUUCCUCUCAUCAUCCCCGUCACACCUUGUUCCUCAGUCUGACCCGGUACCAGGCAGGAAACACUAUUCAAUGGCUCCCUUCAUGCGAUCCGGCUCCUUCUGCUCUGCGGGCUGAAGUUCUCCUUUUAACGGCCUCCCUGGAGAUCCUGUGGCUGAGCUGCAUGGAGGAGCAUCUUCACCCACAUGGCCAUUAGGAAGCCUGGACCACAGGCCCCUGAAGUCCUCGUGUGUUUCCUGCACAUUCGGACUGGCUGGCCCAAAGCAAACAGCGCCUCAGAGGAUUGACACACAUUUCAAAGAGGAUUUGGCUCACAGAACGGCAGUUGACACGUGUUUUUUUUGUAAAAAUGUUGUAGGCUUAUUUUAUGUCAACAUUGUGUUAUCGUACAACUAAGUGAGAAAUACUGCCGUGUCCCCGAUAGAGGACAACAGCACAAAUAAACCUUCGACAUGUCAAACGUCUUAAAAUCAGGUGGUGCUGCAGCUGCAGGAGGACGACUGUAUUUACAGGUCCACCAAAGCCCUUCAUGAAGGUCACUAAGGGCCCAACACGGUCUGGUAAUGCAGGAUUUAUACCACAAGGUACAUUAGAAAAGGUCCGGUUCACUAGUGGAGCUGCAGGUGCUCUGAAUGAUGUCAUUAAAGUUCCAUUGCUGGAACCACCUAAACCUCAAGUGUCAACUGUGAGAACAGCUCUGAACAGUUGUGACCACUGAUAAGUGUAAGAAUACUUUAUACUUUUAGUCUUCUCUUAACUCAUUUACAGGGUUUCAGUAUCAACACAUCGAUGUCAUCAGGAAGUCUAAACAGUUUAAACUCUCAUACUGAUCUGAGUUUAGACCCGUCUUCCAUUUUCAAGUUAAUCUUGUCUAGUUCAUUAAAUUAAGAUUAAGAAAGUUGACGUCAUCCCCCACUGGCGUGAGGGCGUUGUUACUAUGGCAACAGUCAAUUCAUUGAUUACCUUUAGCUACCCAAUACAUUUAUUUAUAACACCUAUAUUAAUAAUUUACCCAAUACUUUUAGCAAACUUUGAAUGAUCUUUUUCUUCUGUCCGUUACUUGUUGUAAACCAUUUUAAUGAUUUAUGGAUCGACCUGUUUCUGAACAUCAUUAACGGAUCCAUUAGAUUUAUUUUAGACCGGUGCUGCUGUCUCUAAAGUCUUAUUUCUCCCAUGAUGCCGUUUUGACUUAAAUGUAUAUCAAACAAACACUAGUUCUAUUUUUAUGCUGCUGCCUGACAUGGAGCCCAUUUCACCUGAGAGCGUGAUUAACAGCACCAGGGCCUUAACGGGCUGAUGUUCAGGUGAUUCUGGGACUCAGAGAGGUUUCUGCAUAGAUUGUGUUCAAAUUACAACUCUAAUCUCUUUGGGCGGAUGAAUCUGUCGGUGCAGAUUAGAGACGACGUCCCUGAUUCUAAAUCUGACUGCGUUGGUUGUGCUGAACACGUCCAUCAAAAAGAGAAGGCCACAGCUCACGGGUCCGUGGUGCUGUGAGGACAGUGUGAUGCAUUUUAAAAUGCACAUUUUCUUGACAUUAUGGAGGAAGAGGAGUCAUUUUAUUUUACACUUGUAAUGAUUAAGAAUCCUGACAGACAUCAGAGAUUCGUCCAAAAAGAAAAGCAUCUGCACCGAGACCACCAAUCAGAUCAAGUGUCUUCAUCAGAACAACCUUCCGGUUUGUGAAGGUCAUCCAGUUCAAGUUAUUUAUUGCCAGCGGGUUUCACUCCAGACGGCAGCUGCUCUUCAGUCGGCCCCUUUUUGAAGGACAGAACCAGAAGGAUCCAAAGGCUGUUGUUGAUUAAAUGAAGGCUGCCACUAACAAUAAGGUUUCAUUAUCAAUUGAAUUCCUGAAGAUCUUUUUAGUCUUUAAAAACAAAGCUUACACGCUGCAAUUUGCUAUAAUCCAAAGUCCAUCCUACUGCCAUAAAGGACAAAGCAAAGUAGGGCCCUCCGAAGGGAGUCACAUGGUGCUCAGGACGGUGGAGCUGGACGCUCUAAACACUGACUCGGCCUCCACCAAGGAGCUUUAGUGAGAUGUAUCGACCUGUGGAUACGUCAUGAAAAUGAUUAACGACUUUAAAUGAGUGACUUUUUGAAGUGUAAUACAGUAUGUGUAAAUCUAAGGCCGGGACUCGAUUAAAAAUAUUAAUCUAAUUAAUUAGAGGCUUUGUAAUUAAUUAAUCGAAAUUAAUCGCAUUUUAAUUGCAUAAAUAUUUUACCUGAGAACAGUGAGAAGUAAUUUUUUUCACAUGGAUUUUGAUUUUUGUUCAUCCAAUUCCAGCAGACAAGUGUGUUGUGUUGUGAAUUCCAGCCUGAGAAUCUAUGAGAAUUGAGGUUGGAUUCAAAAGCAUCAACAGGUGUGUGGUGGAACAGUGCAGGGAGAUAGCAGGAAGCCUGAAGUGUGGAGGAUCCUCAGUUCAAACCUGCUCUCUCAGAAGGAGGGUUUGGUUGCAGUAAACUUUGUAGUAAACAAUCCCAAGGUCUAAUAUGAGAAACGGACACAAUGAGGCAUGUGCUUGAAUAGCACAAGGGAACAACUGAAGGGCUGCAGGCUCGAACCUGCUGUCUGAGGUUGUGGGUUCAUGCCCCUUCAUGCAGACAUCACUUCUGCUUUGAAAGAGUUUUGAGGUUUGAGUAGCAGUCUCAAGGUUAAAUACGAGAAACAAAAUUUGAAUUGGUGCAUGGUGAGGUAGUGCAGCACAAGAGCUGAGGAGCUACUGUCCUUACUCUAUAGGUUGUGGGUUCAAGACCAGUCUUGGUUUUGAGCCUUUGGCUUUACUUCAGGUUUGAGUAGCAAUCUCAAGGUUAAAUACAACAAACAAAGGGCUGGUUAGUGUGUGGUGAAGUAGCGCAGCAGAAGAGCUGCUGCCACAAGCCUGUACUGCACUUGAAGGUUGUGGGUUCAAGCCCAGAUGUGGAAAUAGCAUUUAAAAAGACUUUUGAGGUUUAACUCACAUGCUCAAGGUUAAAUAGGAGAAUCAAAGUUGCCAAAAUGUGACCAGGACUGGUAGUGUAGGGGUGCAAGAAGGAGCCGAAAGCCUCUGUAAGUGCCGCCAGUGGGUUCAAAUCCCGCUCCUGCCAAGUCUUGAGCGCACUACCGCGGAGGUAGUUGUGGGGGCAUUGUCCCCACUGGUUGUUUCAGAGAAGUGAACCCUGGGGGUUAUGCAGAAACACAAGGCGCGUUCACUUGAGUUAUGAUGGCAUUGUCAAGAAUGAUGAAGAAUCUUUUGCUGAUGAAUUGAAUUUGAUGUUAAUUGCUUUGCUUUAGCCUUUUAGCACUUACUAGCCAUGCUACGUAGCCUAUAGGGUUCCACCUUUUUGACGGGAGAGAAGGCCGGAUGAGUCAGUAAAGAUGAGCAGAUGUGUCUCAUUCAGUGGUCACACUGACAUGAAACUUAUUACAGCCCCUUGAGGGUUGAACCCAGAUAAGGUUUAAAGUACAGAAAUUUGGGGCAUUUGGCAUUAGUGACAGGGACGUGUAGGUUGCUCCAUCUAAGAUCAUUCCAGUCAUGUCAUGGGAAAAAAAUAUUGUGAAAAAAGUCAAAAUAUGUAGGGUCAAUAUAUAUAUAUAUAUAUAUAUAUAUAUAAUAUCAAAUUAAUUAGAGGCUUUGUAAUUAAUUAAUCAAAAUUAAUUGCAUUUUAAUUGCAUAAAUAUUUGACCUGAGAACAGUGAGAAGUAAUUUUUUUCACAUGGAUUUUUAUUUUUGUUCAACCAAUUCCAGCAGACAAGUGUAGAAAUAGCAUAUUUAGAAAUAUAGUACUUUCAGAUAUUCAGGUAGCCUAUAGGUAAGUAGACCUUCUGUAAACUAUGUUUUUUAAGUAGACCAAUACUUUCAAGUACAUUCAGAACAUUGGUUAUUCAGACGUGGACUUAGUUACCCUGGUCCUUAAACCAGUCAUCUGGUGCAGUGUGGGUUGGGUGUGGGUCCUUGUACGUCCACGCUAGCUGCUAAUUGUGUUGCGUUGAGGUGAUACUUGAGGCUCGAUGUGAAUUCCUUGUUGCACAGCUUGCACACAACCACGCUCUUAUCGACGCUUCCAUCCGUGUGUUUAUUAUAAGAAGAUUUCACAUUCACGGGGCCACCCGACACGGUCUCGUCAGCUUCUUCGUUCAUGUUCACUGUGGUUUGUUGUUGUCUGAAGUCAUGGACGCUAGUUGGUGCUCCAGUAUAAUCGGUCCCCCCGAAACUCAUCCAGUGAGAAACGUUCCGCGGUGCAAAAAAUAAGUGUAAAAAUGCAUAAAAAAUGUUUAAUGUGUUAUUUUUUGUGUAAUUAAUUAAUCUUAAUUCACAUUGUAAUUAAUUAAUCGUAAUUAACACGCUCAAGUCCCGGCCAUAGUAAAAACGUCUGAUGCCAAUAAAUCUGAUUUAUGCCUUG